AUGGAGCAGAUGAUCGUCUCUCGUCCACUAGCAAACUUCUCUCCCUCUGUGUGGGGUUCCAGAUUUGCUUCGCUUGCUUCAUCUCCCACGGAAAUGGAAUUCUACCGGCGGCAGGUGGAGCAGGCGAAGGCGAAGGUGGGGAAGAUGCUGGCGGCGGCUUCAGCAGCCGACGUGGAGCUCAUCAACUUGCUGGAGCGGCUUGGUGUGUCGUACCAUUUUCAAGCUCAGAUCGAAGACCAACUGAGGCUCAUAUUGCAACAAUCUCUCUCCGAUGCUACAGAGAGAGAUGGAGACCUCUACUCCGUUUCGCUGGCGUUUCGAGUUCUACGCCAGCAUGGAUACAGAGUUCCUUGUGAUGUGUUUGGCAAAUUCAAAGACGUAAAGACAGGAGAGUUCAAGGAAUCUCUGAGGUGCAACGUGAGAGGGAUUCUGAGCCUGUACGAGGCCUCCCACUUGAGGCUUCACGGAGAGCCCAUUCUAGAGGAAGCCCUUGCAUUCUCCAAGUCCACUUUGCAGCAGCAGCUGGAAGAUUACUCGGGCACCAAUGUUAUAAAGGCUCAUUUGGCAGCACACAUAGAAAACGCACUGAUUUGCCCCUUCCACAAGAGCGCUCGAAGGAUAGAUUCAUGGAGAUUCAUCUCUUUCUACGCCGAGGAAGAAUCGAGAGAUGAAACCCUCGUCAGAUUCGCGAAGCUCGAGUUCAACUUCGUGCAGCUGAUGCACCAAAACGAGCUGGCCUUUGUUUCGAGGUGGUGGAGGGACACGGGUCUUCAAGAGAGGCUUCUUUAUGCGAGAGACAGAAUCGUGGAGCUGUAUUUUUGGGCGACGGGAUCUCAUUACGAGCCACACAAGGUGGUCUCAAGGAUUGCAGCCACCAAAUUUGCCAAAAUGGUGUCGUUGGUCGACGACACUUUCGAUGCCUACGGUACCCCUGAGGAGCUCCAACUCUUUGCUGACGCUUUUGAGAGGUGUGACGAAGAGAGUGCGGCUGAGCAGCUUUCAGAUGACAUGCGACUCCUUUUUAGGGCAUUCCUCAAACUCUGUGAUGAUAUGGAACAAGAUAUAGAGAAAGAAGGGAGAAGCUACGGAGCACACCACGCCAAGGAUGCUUUCAAGGAAUUGGUGAGAGCAUAUGAUGUGGAGACAAAAUGGCUGGCAAAGCGCUACACACCAACGGUGAAAGAGUUCAUUGCAAAUGGUAUACCUUCAAGCUCAUACGGCGUGAUUUCAGCUGCAUACUUCAUUGGAAUGGGGGAAGCCAUGGGGAUCAAAGAAUACGAGUGGCUGAAAACCAACCCAACGAUCGAUACAGCAGCAAAGCUUCUCGGGCGGCUUCUCAAUGACAUCAUGAGUCACGAGGAUGAGCAGAAGAGAGGACACUGUCCAUCUGCGGUGGAAUGUUACAAGAAAGAGAACGGGGUAUCCGACGAGGAGGCCGUGGAGGCGAUCAAGAAGAUGUGCGAUGAUGCCUGGAAGGACUUGAAUGAGGAGUGCAUGAGGCCGACUCCAGUUGGGAUGCCUGUGAUCCAGCACUUUCUGGAUCUCGUUCGAAUCAUCACCUUCAUAUAUAUUCGCAAUGACUCGUAUACGCACUCAGGGUCUCUAACAGAUCACAUCAACUCUAUCUUACUCGAGUCGAUUCCUAUCUAG